AUUGCUCCCACUCUUCACUCUUCAGUCUCCGCCAACGCCUUUACUCCAAGGAAAAGCCAAGAAACCAGUAACACACCAUGGCGCCCGCCACGGCCAAGCAUCUCUUCCUCGGCUUCCUCCUCGCUCUCGCGGCGGCCUCGUCGUCGACGCCGGCGGCGGCCACCACGCUGACGCUCCACAACCUCUGCCCAUACCCGGUGUGGCCGCUGGUGACCCCCAACACCGGCUUCCCGUCCAUCUCCGACAACACGGGCAGCCUCGACGGCGGCGGCCGCGGGCUGGUCUCCUUCCGCUUCCCUCCCAGCUUCUGGGCGGGCCGCGUGGUGGCGCGCACCGGCUGCUCGGGGCGCGCGUCCCGCUGCGAGACGGGCGGCGCGCCGCCGGCGACGGUGGUGCAGCUGGCGGUGCACGCGGCGGAGGGGGGGCAGGACCUGGCGGCGUACAGCGUGAGCCUGGUGGACGGGUUCAACGUGCCGGCCGUGGUGAGCCCGCAGGAGGUGGGCGGCGGCGGCCAGUGCCCGGCGCUCGGGUGCGCGGCGGACCUCAACGCCGGGUGCCCCCGCGGGCAGCGCGUGGUCGGACGCGGCGGCGCUGUGGUGGUGGCGUGCAGGGGCCCCGCCGGGUACCCGUACUUCAAGGAGCGGUGCCCGCUGACGCGCACCACGCCGACGGACGUGGAGCCCGUGCCGCAGCGGUGCUUUGGCCCCGGCGAGCUCAAGAUCGUCUUCUGCCAGCCCGCCAUGGUGAACGCCGCCGCCACCGGCGAGACCGGGCGCAUCCGCACCGUCGUCGCAGACAACUAGAGCGAGUACUAGCUAGCCCUGCAGCCGGUGGCCGGGUAGUUGGCCGGAGGAGGUGGCCUGCCAUGCCUCUGAUUAGUGCGUAAUAAAGGUAGAUUAAGGAGGUAAUUAAGCGCGCGCUACUGUUGGAGUAAGAGUGUGUGAGUGGGUGUGGCAGUUUGUCGUUGGCUUGGUUGCCAAGUGUCCGGCCGGGCGUGCCAAGUGAAUAAUGCGUUGAGCACACGCAUGCAUCAUGUACCAUCUCUCGUUUCCAGCAGAGGUUUGUGACAUGUGUCGUGUCUCAUGCGUGUUCUGGAGGCAGUCAAGCACGGGCAAGCCUGCGUGCAAGCAGCCAAGCACCAAGGCAGGCAGCACGGCACAGCACGAGCGCGGUAGAAGAGUACUCCUAUGAUCGUGAGAAAUGUGGGGUACAGGGGGAGACGUCGUCGUUCGUGCUUAGCCUGUAGUAACCAAAGGUUUGUUCAUGCUUCGACACCCAGCUACGAGUUUGCUC